CUGCGGCCGCGAAGGAGGAGGCCGAGAGCGGCGCCUGGAGCCAAGCGUACCCGUCCCGUCGCCCCCGCCCGAUACCUACGACAUAGCGGCGCCUUGAGCCUUGCGGAUCUCCCGCCUAGCGCUGCCGCCGUGCACCGGCCAAACGCCGCCGGCUGGAAACGGCGCUGCCAGGGCGGUCCGCGGCCCCGGGAGGGCGGGACAAGCGCGGCGGCGGCGGGCCGGGGCGGAGGAGCCUGCAUCCAUCAGGCCUGCGGGGCCGGAGGCAGCUCUCCGGGCCCCACUCGCCCCGCACUCCGGGCUGUGCGGCGGUGGGAGCCGGGCUGGCCUCCCCCCGCGGGAAGGUUUGUACGAAGCCAGCUUGGGCCGCAGGCUGGAUUGUAAAUCCAGGCCAAGAAGAUCUCUGCACCAGCUGGAGAGAGAGAUAACAAAAUUCAUGUGGUAAGAGAGCUCCCUGAUUACGGAAUGGCCAGCGGUCCUGGGAAUAAUGCAUCCCUCUCCGUUCAGAAAGUCACACACACAGAAAGUUCUCGAGCAAAGAAGUCCCAGCAUUCAGAAGAAGAAAUCUUUUAUAUGAACUGCAGAGCAGCUUAUCUAGCUGUUUUAAAAAGCAGUUUAGAAAAUAUUAAAUCAAAAGAACAACUCUGUUUAGUACUUCAACAGGCUGGAAGAAAUCCCUCUCAGAAGACACUUAAUAAAUACUGGACUUCACAAACAACUACACUGACUUUUGAUGAUUUUUGUACUAUCUUAAAAAAAGAAAAAACAGCUACGAAAACUGAACUGCUCAGAGCAUUUGGAAAAAUAGAUACAGAUAAUUCUGGAUAUAUUUUACAUGAUGAACUUUAUAAAAUUCUUACAACAAGAGGUGAAAAAAUGACUCCGGAUGAAGUGAAUGCCAUUACUAAACUGGCUGAUUUUAACAGCAGUGGCAAACUUGACUACAAUAAGUUUUGUGACUUAUAUAUGAGAACCAGUGAGCAGUGCUGCCAGACUGCACUAGAGAAACUGGAAACUGACAGUCGACUGAGGUGUCAGCAGUUUGGAAGUCAUGCUGAAACUUCCUCUGAAGGGAUCACAUUGCCAGUAUCUAAACCAUCACCAAGAGUCUCAAGGAAAACUGAUCACAAACUUACACCAAUGAAAGGGGAUAGCAGAAUUUCUUCAAGACCCUCAUCAGCUCGAAGUUGCAAAGCAUCCAUUUCUGCCACUAUCAGCAUGAGUGCCAGUCGUAACAGAAACGCAAAGCUAAUUGAGCUAAACACAUUAAAGGAAUGGCAUUGUGCACAGUCCAAAGGAUGCUUCUACUUAGAAGAUGAUGGUGAAAUCAUUAAUCACAAAUACAAGUUGCAUUUACCUCAGAGGUCUACCGUAUGUAUUACCGUCAAGCCUUUAAACCUUUGUCAGGUAGAAGGAAAAUCUUGUCCUUGGUUGUCAGUGGAUACAGCUUUGUAUGUUCUGAAGGAGAAUGAAAGCCAAGAAAAUCUACAGCUUGUGAGCUUUACUGAACAACAAAAUAAAGAGAUGUUUGGAUGGAAAGGGGAGCUUGGAUCAGGAGUUUACUGGCUACUCCCAUUCACAACAGGCUGUAGACUGAAGAAGGUAAAAACCCAAGUUGCUGGAGAAGCAAAACUGGUGUAUAGAGGUGAAGAUGGAGAGCUGGCUCUUACCAAGGAGUUCCGAGCAGCUUUAUUGGAUGUAUUUGAAACCAUUGAUUUAGAUGGGAAUGGCCUUCUGAAUUUGGAAGAGUAUAAUUUCUUUGAACUGAGGACUAGUGGUGAGAAAUGUGAUGAGGAAGCCUGGGCUGUGUGUAAGGAGAAUUUUGACAUGAAGAAGAAUGAACUAACAAGACAGGGAUUUAUGGAUCUGAAUCUCAUGGAAGCCAAUGACCGUGAAGGGGAUCCUAGUGACCUUUGGGUCACUUUAUUGUCACUGGGCUACAAUAAAGCAUUAGAAAUGAUAGAGGCAUGCCCCUUUGUCAUUGACAUCUAUGCAGAAAAAUGCAAACCCAGAAUUAAAGCCAUAUACCUAGAGGCAGGUGGCUGGCAACUCAACAGGGCCAUUUGCAAGUCUGUUGUUAAUAAAGGAGAAGCCAAAGUAAUGGAUGGUUGUGAAGACAUAAUUGUUUAUACCUAUAAAACGGAUAUACGAAUCACUUCUGUUAUUGAAAAUAAGUCUGAAAACAAAGUGAUUAUUCAUGUCAAUAAUGAGCAGAGUAAGAACUGUCUAAGUAAUAGGGGACUCACCGUUUUUGCUGUUGAAGUGGCACCAAAAUCCAUGAUGGUUUCUCAACAUGUGAUGCCACUGAAUGAGCAGGAAGAAUGGCUUUAUAAUUGUGUGCAUUCCCUCUUACGUUAAACAUUCUAGCUGGAGAGCUGUUUUUUGGUAGCGUUCAAACUAAACCAGGAUUUCUUUUCUCGAGUUCUAGAUAAUUUCCAGGCUUGUCCUCACCCAAAAGCUGGCACCAACUCCCAGAGUUUCAUUUGUUAAAACCAGAGAAUCAUGUAUCUACUUACUUAUUUUUGAUCUUACACUUCUGCUAGCAUCUUUUAGGAAACUGCAAGGUCUGAUGUUCAGCUAUCUUAACAGUUUAAGGGAAUUAGAAAUAUAAAAGCUUUCACUUUCACAAGCUAAAGGGAGAAAUGUUUUCCCUGUAGAAGAAACCAUGAAAACAUAAACUUGCAGGCAGAUGUGAGAGGAAUAAUUCCCUGUCUGCAUAACAAAUGAAUGUACACGUGCAUACUUUAUAUGAGUUGAAUCAUAUUUUGAACAUCUUCCAAAUAAUCCUUUUCCUCCAUUCUCCUCCAAAGCUUUAUUUGGUCAUGUGCAUUAUGUAGUCAGGAAUUUACACAUGAACAUCUGCAAAUUACUUUUUCUCUGACUAGCCUGGCAGUUCGCCUUCCUACUUAACAACCUUGAAGCUGACUGGAGAAGAAACUGCAUAUAUUUCAUCUCCUUGAAUGUCCCAUCACUCUUUUAGACCUACCAUUGCACUAGGCAGAACAUACACAGUUUUAGCUAUUUUUUUCAUUUAUGCUCUUGGCAAAAAUAUUUUUUUCUUUUUUUCCACUGCUCAGUAUUUAGUGUCCCCUAAAUUCUAUUACUGCCACAGAGUUACUUUUUUUAUUUUUUUUAAUUAUCAUUCUUCAGUUUCAACCCCCAACUGCUUUCCUUUUCAAUAUGCCCGAAAUUUUGUAAACAACAUUUCUUUUUACUUUUCGGAUAUCCAGUCAGUUUCCUUCAAUGCUUUCUCUUUUCAACAGUGCAAUCACCUGUCGGUGCUGUGUUCUUUGCUGCUUGCUACUUCCUAUCUUCAGGGAAGAUUGCUCUGAUUUUUCCUAACAGACUUUUUGUGUUCUCUGCCUAGUCCUCUCCCCGUUCAGCUUUCAUUAUCUGUUUCACAUUGUUGUCUUUAUGUUUCUUCUCCCCCCCCACCGCAAACAGCCUAAUUGAAUAUUUUUUCUGUUCUUUUUGUACCAUGUGGAAUUCAAUCAAAUACUACUUUGAAGCCCACCAUUUUGAAAUCUGAACCUUAUCCAUUUGAUUUGUGUUUUUUCUCAUCAAGAUGAUAGAAAUUUGAGGGACUGGUCCUUGCUUUUCUGUGUGUUUUGAAGUGCCAACAGUAACAUUGUCAUCGCAGAAAAAAAUCAUGAUCAUUGCAAUUUUUUGAUACUAUAUAACCUGAUAAUUAAAAUUUUAAGACUUUAAAAUUUUAAGACUAUAUAUUCGGAGGGAGAGGGGUGGCUAUUCUAGGUUGCUGAGUGUGCAUGAAGGAGAUUCGAUGAUAAAAAAUACUGCUGAAUGUGUCAUUGGAAAUGAAGACUGCAGUACUUAGGUAAAAGCUAAACUACUACUGCCAAGAGAUUACAGUGCCAGUUACUUCAGUUUCUUAAUAUUUGUUUCUAGAGUAAUGCUCAUGGAGUUAAUGAAAACAACUCAUCCCUGUGUUCUGGGGAGGAAUAUUAUUUCCUGUUCACAAAUCAAAAUUGACAUUUAAACAAGCGCUGAUAAAAUAAGUCUAUUAGAUUUGUUAUUAUAAAAUGUAUUAAUCUUUCAAUCACUAUAAUCAGAAUUCUAACUUCUGUACAAAAACUGAAGUUUGACUCUAUAUCUGUAUUUAAAUACAUAAAUGUAAGAGUACAGAUAUUUGAAAAUGUUGAGCAUUAGCAAUAAGGAAAAUUCUAAGGGAUUAAAUCCACAUAGACUGAAGAUAUAGACUGAAUUAGACUGAAUUUGGACUCCAUCUAUGUGAUUGCAGAAAAAUAUUCCCCUACUUAACUGUCAAAAGUCAGCCUCUGACGUAUAAACAUGUAUAGGAAUAAUAUGCGAAAUCCUUUGAUCAAGUAGACUAUUCAGCAAGUAUUCUCUCACAAAAUACAUUUGGAAUGAAAACUUACAGAGAAACAAUAAAAAUUAUUGAUGUUCAGUAAUACAACUGAUAGUAAUAAGAUAAUUGUGUUUCUAUAAGGGCUAGCUUCCCUAAAUAUGCUUUAUUUUCUGUAUUAUGUGUUCCAUCUUAUGUUUGAAUUGCUUCACUGAGAAGAAAUUUGUUUUCUUAAAUUGAUCUGAUGGGUUACUAAUGCAACUCUCCUGUGUUUUUUACCUGGGGUACUUGAUUUUAUUUUGCCAUCCGAUAAAGAUUUUUUUACUUUUUGAUUUUUUUAAUUAUUUGUUUAUAAUACUCAUUUUGCACUUGUUCUGAAUAAUUUACCGCUGUUUUUAUAUGCCUUUGUGUAAGAUAAAAGUCUGGGCUUUCACAUAUGAUAAGGAAAUAACAUUCUCUGAGGAAGAUGCAAGGUUUGUUUUGGGC